AUGAACGAUAUUGAAGAUGGCUACGUUGAAAAUCUGUUUUGUAUUGUCGGUCAUCCAAAUAUUUCCAAGUAUAUCGAUGUUACUGAUCCAGUAUUCAAUGACAAGUCAGCAAAAGAAUUUUUAAAUGAAAUAGCUCAAUGUGAACGCUCGUCGUUGUCAUCGACAAAUAAGUACACUAGCAGUAGAAUUUAUCAUUCCGAGCAUAUUUCUGAUUCUGGUAUGACAUCAUCUGACGAUGGCGAUACGAAUGAAAGCAAUAAUGCGAGCGACGAUUUUCAUCUAUACCGAUUUCAUAAUGUUUUACUCGAGCAAAAAGAAAAAGUCUUAUUAUCGGUAUUCGAUAUUGAAGUACCAUACAAAGAUCUUUAUCAGUGUAAAAUUAAUGGAACUAAACGCUCUGACGAACUUAUGGCAACACCUGAGGUAUGGUUCUCUUAAAACUCUCUAAAGAAUGAAAUUAUUUCUUCUACUUCACAAUAAUUGAAAAUAGUUCGUGCAGGUAUCUAUCACCGUUGAUAUUUUUUAGCCCUUUGAGAACACCGAAAAUUGACUGCGUGCCUAAAAGUUCAAUGCACAUCGAUACAUGAUCAUGCACUAUGAAAUCAUAGCACGAAGGAGUCCUAUCAUUCUGAGAAUAGUAAAAACUGUACGUUUUCCGAUCUCAUCAAAAAAUGAAUUUUAUCACUAUAGUGUAAUGCAUUAAAUAUAUUAGUAUGAACGUGUAGUCUACUGGAAAUCAUUAUCGGACAUAUUGAAAAUCAUAUAUUUUGUACCCUUCUUUCCAUUUCAUAAGAUCGUAUAUGAUAUCAUUGAACACUGGCGUUUGUAAGUGUCGUAUCUUCGCUUGUUCUACCCAUUUCACUUAGCAAUCAUUCACUGUUUUCUUUAGUCCAUGAGGUAUCAAAGAAAACGUAGUUGAAUGGUGCAUUUUGAUGUCUUCGAGUAUCGUUUUCUCUCAUUUUAAAUCUCGAUUAACCGCUAUAUGGGAUGUUCUCAAGUGGGCUAUCAGAUAACAGUAUUAGGAUUCUUGUAACGAUCUUGAAGACAACCACGUGAGUGUUCAUAGAGAAUGGCGUCCAAAUUUGAAUAGCAUCACACCAGUGUGUCCAGUGUAUAGUAGAAAAUGUGUUUCAUUGGGCGUCCAGUUUUUUCAGAGGAUGUACCAUACAUUAUGUCACAAGUCAUGACACAUUCGACGUAGUUUAUUAUGCAAAACUGCUGGUUAUCGUAUACUAUCAUAUUUCGGGUACUUGCCCACUUGGGACAUAUCAAUCUUAUCACACUCUGAAAAAAAUUUUCUUUGGUAGUGAGUGUGAGUGUGAAUUAGAUUAGAUCGAGCAUAUAGCAUCCAAACCAAGGGGGAAACAGCAGAUUUCAAGAUUUCAAGAUUUCAAAAGAUUUCAAGGAUUUUCAAGAAAUUUCAUGAGGUUUCAAAAGAUUUUGGGAGAUUCGCAGCAAUCAAAAAUUAAUGGACUAUUCACGAGUUCAUGUCUACAGAGCUGGAGAGGAAUAUCAUAGGACCUCAAGGUCUAUAUUAUGAAGGCACCCGUGGGUUGUCAAGCUUUAUAUUAUAAAGGUAUCCGUAGGUACUCAAGUUCUAUAUUAUGGAAGUACUCAUAAGUCCUCAAGCCUUAUAUUGGAAGGUACUAAUAAGUCCUCAAAUACCAUAUUGGAAGGGUAUCCAUAGGUCCUCAAGUCCUAUAUUAUGGAUGUACCCGUAGUCCAUCAAGUCCUAUAUUAUCGAGGUACGCAUAGGGCCUUAAAUCCUAUAUUAUAAAGGUAUCCAUAGCCAUCAAGUUCUAUAUUAAUAGGGUAUCCAUAGGUCCUCAAUUCCUAUAUUAUAGAGGUAUCCAUAGGUACUCAAGCUCUAUCCUAUGGCGAUACCCAUAAGUUCUCAAAGUCGGUCGAGAUUUGGUAUACCCAAUCUUGACAGAGAUUGAAAACCUAUGGGUACCCUCGUACUAUAGGCAUUGAGGGCCUAUGGGUACCUCAAUAGGAUAGGAUUUCAGGGUCUAUGGUACCCUCAUAAUAUAGAAGUUGAUGACCUAUGGGUAGCUCCAUAAUAUAGGACUUGAGGAGCUAUGAGUACCCUUACAAUAUAGGACCUGAGGACCUAUGAGUACUCUUAUAAUAUAGGACUUGAGGUGCUAUGGGUACCUCCAUAAUAUAGGACUUGAGGAACUAUGAGUACUCUCAUAAUAUAGGACUUGAGGACCUAUUAAAAAGAGUUUGAGAGAUUUCAAAAAGAUUUCCAAAGAUUUCAAGGAAUUUCAAGAAAUUUCAAGGAAUUUCAAGAGAUUUCAAAGUAUUAAAAUCUGCUGUUUCCCCCUUGGUCCAAACUCACUCCUGUAUCAUCGUACACCCACAGUCACGUAAAUUCAUUUUAAGCUGAAACAGAAGUUACUUUUUUAAUGCUCUUUUCACUUGAUUACAGGUCUGGCAUGCAAUUGAAUUCGAGAACAGAUCUAAACAUACUCUAACUACUGCUCCUGUAACGAUCACUCAAGACAACCAUCAAUUUAUUUGCCAAGAAAGUUUGCCCUUCACUUUGAAAAAUGAUUCGACAUUCAUCAAUUUAACCAAGGCACCCAGUAUUCGGGUAACAUACGAAGAAAAAAGUUCAGAUGUUCAGUCAGCGAAAUCUUCUACCGUGACAAUUCUCAAGAAGACGUACGCCAAAGAAGAAUGGGAUGGAAGCUUAAUGGUCAUCAACACUAAGAAUGAGUCGGUAACUGUAAUUAUCAGACUUCAAUUGUAUGGUGAGAUAUCGAAGUAUUCGGUAGCACCCAAUGUUGAUGCUGUGCGACAUGGGCAGACUGUAGCAAACAAAUUGCACGAUAUUAGAUGGGAUAUUCGACUUGAUCCGCAGAAACGACAAGAAAUAAACUACCGCAGAAUCUUCAAUCGAUAACUCAAUUCAUCCAAGUUUCAGAAGUCUCAUUUUUCAUAAUGCCAACUCGUGAAUAUCUGAUUAGAACACUAUAAAACGCUACUAAUGCAUUAACUUGAAUGCGUGACGAAUAAUGGAAAAAAAAUAAAACAUGAAAAAACGACAACGAAGAAAGUCGGUUCGUUGGCGAAAGCAUCUUGGUAAUUCUUAUGAUGUGUGGGUGUGGGUGUGGGUGUGGGGGGUGAGUGGGUGCGGGUAUGCAUGUGGGUGUACGAUGAUACAGGAGUGAGUUUGGACCAAGGGGGAAACAGCAGAUUUUAAUACUUUGAAAUCUCUUGAAAUUCCUUG